AUGGAUCCUGAAAUGAAAACUACCAUAGACAUUGCCUACGCGCUCUAUGGGAAAAUCUCUCGCGCCUACGAGAACCUCCAGAAGCUUGGAACGCCCAGGAUCACCCUGAGCGCCGUAGAAGCGCGACUGCAAACCCUGAAAAGGAACUGGAAUAAGUUUGACUCGCAAAAUGAUGAUCUUCUCGACCACCUUGAUGAGGACAAAGACGAGCCUUACCUGGUGCAGAACAUACCUGCUCUCGCGGAGGAGGUCUACCUCUUGAACAAGGGCCUACUGUUAGAUGAGCAGCGGAGGCUCAGGGCCCAGGAAGGCUUGCCUACUUCAGAGACGAAGCCAGUGGCACCCACAUCCGCACUCGCCGCGCGCGUAUCUCUCCCGCCCAUCCAGCAGCCGAUAUUCUCUGGCAAGUUCGAGGACUGGCUUGCGUUCCGUGACCUUUUCAAAGCCAUCGUGGUUGAUGAUCCAUUCUUGGCGGACGCACAGAGAAUCCACUACCUGAAGACCAGCGUUCAGGAAGACGCCGAGAAGCUCAUCCGUAACCUGCCCGCCACGGAGGAUAACUUCUAG